AUGAAUCGCUUACGUAACAAGACAACACGUGUUGCAAAGUUUCCAGCACAAGCGCGUCUGGAAGCGCCCGCCGUGAAGAACAUCCUCCGUCGACUCAUGGCAUCUCUUCCUCCCGACCUCGCUGCGACCAAGCUACCGUCGAACUUGGAUGCAAAGCCACAACAACCGAAGCAGGCGCAGGCCGACAUAUCUUCGUUACAGCUCGCCUCAGCUGUCUUGUCCGACCAAUUUAAGAAGGAUGCACAGAUCGUACCCGACCUGGGUGACCUUCUAGCGACGCCUGGCGGCGCUGCGUCUGCGCUGUAUAGUGUGUAUCCUGACGAUUACCGAGUGCCUUUUCAAAAGAGACGGCUUGUUGGUAUUCCUGAGGGCUUGUUCCAGUUUUAUAACAGUACCAAUGUCACGUCUCAUAUGGGUCUAAUUCCCGAGAUUGAACGCGUGUGGAUAUCCAUCGACCAUAAGUUAUUCCUGUGGGACUAUGUGGAAGGGCAGGAAAUCAGCUCCUUCGUGGACCAACCAGACAUCAUCACACAUGUCGCCCUUGUGAAACCAAAACCCGGGUUGUUCAUCGACGAAAUAUCACACAUCCUCGUCAUUUGCACCCCAAUAUCCGUCCUCUUAAUCGCUCUUUCCUUCGAAACUUCAUCGGGCCCUAACAACCGAGCCCACAAAGAUAUCAAACUCUACGCAACCGACCUUUCUGUUCCAACCGAGAUUGAGAUGACUUCUGUCUGUGGAACACGCGACGGGCGGAUAUUCAUGUGCGGGGCCCAAGACGGUAAUUUAUACGAACUACACUACCAGGAAAAGGAAUCGUGGUUUGGCAAGCGGAUACAACUCAUUAAUCACUCAGUAAGUGGCAUGCAGAGCCUGCUACCUAAAUUCUCGUCCUCGGGCAUGGAUGGCCGUAUCACCACCGUCGUUUCUGAUCCCUCCCGAGACUGUUUCUACACAUUAACGUCCAAGAACAGCAUCUCUGUUUAUAAGCCAAACGGAGACAAAGCCAUUCAGCACAUGCAAACACUUUCGGGUCUGUAUAAGGCUGCCGCCGACAAGGCGCCUGGAUCGCCGGCCCUUACCCCACAAAACUUCCAGAUCAUCGCUCUCCAUCCUAUCGAGAUAUCUGAAUCCCGAACAGGCCUUCAGCUACUCGCAAUUACUGCGAACGGUGUCCGCCUAUAUUUCUCACCGACCAUGACAUACGGUUAUGGUCCUAGUACGAGCUCGGCGCCGGGUUUACGGGCUCUCCAACUCACGCAUAUCCGACUUCCUCCUACAAACCUUCUCCAUCCGGACAUUAUGAACGCGGGCAACAGACCGCCGGUUCCAUCGUAUGGCGCGUCCCAACCGCAACAGUCGACUACCCAGCCCUUCAUCAUGACCAGCAUUGAAAGUUCAUGUUACUCGCAGGGCUUGACACUGGCAUCUCAACAAGGCGAUACAGAUGGGACAGACUUCCUACUAUGCCUAUCCCCCGACCUGACGAGAAUAGGUAGUCUUGGUCAAGUAAACAUGCAGCCACAAGUACAACAACCCUCAUUCGCUCCCAACCCCGGCGUUCAUCAGAUGCCACUGGCAGAGUACGCUACCCUGCUUUCGAUACCGGGUCGUACGUGGGCAAUGGCCCCAGUCCCCAGGUCUUCACCGUCGUCUGGUCCUGGGUCACCCACUGUAGUGAACGAGUUGGCACAUCAGUUUUGCUCUCCGCCUCACCAAUUUAUGAUCCUUACGAACGUGGGUUUAACGUUCUUAAUGAAGAGACGUGCAGUGGACUAUUUGCGAGCUGUUAUAGAAGAGUAUCAGUCAGAAAGCAAUCCUCAGCCAAUCAUAGAGUUUAGAGACAGCUUCGGUCGAGAUCAGACAUGCGCUAUGCUCCUUGGUCUGGCCUGUGGAAACACAUUCUUCGACAUGCCAGACUCAGCCACCAGUCCCAUGAAUAUCACCAAUGUCGACAUUGCAACUGUGGCAAAGCAAGCCUUCUACGACUUUGGCGAGCGCCCGAUGUGGGCUGAACGGCAUGUAUACGGCGGUGAUGCACAAGGUUCCGCUAUCUAUAGUGGUCGUCGAGAAGGCUUUGCCUUGUACUUCGCACGGAUAGUAAGGCCGAUAUGGAAGGUCGAAAUGACAAAACCUGGCCCUUCAGGUUCCCAACAACUCUCCAUCCCAGAAGAUGUCUUGACGAGCAUCCAGAAAAACUUGUAUUCUCUGCAAGACUUUUUGAACCAGAACCUACAUCUGUUCCACAUCGCACCGGGCGAACCUGCUAGUACUCGUCCUGCGGCAGGCAAUGAACAAGAAGCUUGGAAGGCCGAGCAACGAUCUGUGGCGCAAUUAAUGGAACUACUCGGCCGUUCGAUCGAGGCCCUUGCGUUUAUCCUACUUUUGAAUGACUACAAGCUCGGAGAGCUAAUUUCGCUAUGCGAUGCUGAUACCCAGCAACUCAUUCGGUCUUUGACGAUCGAAGAUCUGAUAACCACUACUCACGGGACAGUCGCAUCUAGGGCCUUGGUAAACGUUAUCAUUGACCAGCAGAUUGGGCAGCAAAUCAGUGUCGAUACCAUCAGCGAAGUUUUGCAGCAACGAUGUGGCUCAUUCUGCAGUACUGACGAUGUGAUGCUCUACAAGGCAAAAGAAAACAUUCGCAAAGCAGUCGAGACUAGAAGUCCUACAGAACGGCAAAAUUGGCUUGCCGAGUCUCUGCGGCUGUUUGCUAAGGGAGCCCGAAAUCUUGAAUUCGAAAAGCUUCGAGAGAUAUGUGGGGAUUACCAACAACUCCAAUAUGCGAAGGGCGCUAUUGAACUGCCGUUGAUUUGUGCAAAAGCUAUGGAUGCCAAUAAUGUUGCCUCCGACGCCUGGUAUUCCGGCUCGGCAACAACCGAAGAAAACAAGGCCAUUUGCGAGCUCAGACACGGAUGCUACGACCUCGUCCUGGACUCAUUGCAAGUGUUUGAAGAACAGCAUGCUGCAUCCGUCGAUUCUCGGGAACAGGAAGCGGUUCGGACACAUGCAUUCGAGUUAGCUUUCGCUAGCGACGACGAGAUCUUCCACUCCGCAUUGUACGACUGGUUCAUUGAACACGGGAUGGUAGACGACUUGUUAGAGCUACGGCCCUUCUACCUAGAAGCCCACCUCAAACGCCCUCCAGCGACCGUCCAAAAAUACCAAUUGCUAUGGCAAUUCUAUGUCAAGGCUGGCAAGCCUUUGCGAGCCGCAGAAGUGUUGGCUUCUCUGGCAGAAUCUACUGAAUUCGACCUGAGUCUAAGCUCGAGAUACGAAUAUCUGACACUCGCGGUUGGCAACGCGAAGUCACAUCCAAUCUCGUCCGACGGUCGACAUGAGACCGCCAUUGCCUUCUUGACCGACUUAGAAGAGAAGCUUGAAGUUGCUCAAGUACAGUUGGAGAUGUAUACUACCCUGACACCCCAUUUGAAUGACCCCGAAGUCGGCGAGAGAAUACAACUACUCUCAAAGCGUCUCUUCACUAUGUCCGAGCUGUAUCAAGAUUACGCCGCUACCUUUGAUAUGCCCGUCAUGAAACUACUAUGUUUCUAUGUAUCGGAGCAUAGAGACGAGACAGUUGUGCGUCCUGUAUGGAGCCAAAUAUUUGACGAAGUUUUGGCCGAAGAAGGGGAACCUGUCGAGCUUGCAGACAGAUUAUCCGCCAAGGUCAUACCUCUAGGCCAACGAUUCUACCCAUCAGAGAGCGCCUUCCCUCUUCGUCAUAUUGCAAUGCUCGUCGUACGGUUCGCGCUGCAACAUAGAAACAGUCUUCCGCAAGGCUGGGCGGCACGCUUCCUGCUGCAAUGUAAAAUCCCCUACCAAGAAGUCUGGGACGUACUUCAUGAAAUGUACGAAUCACAAGUCCCACCGUUCCAUGACCAAGCGAAUGUACAGACAAUGUCAUCGGAGAUUGCUGUGCUAUUUGCAGACUGGCUCGAAGAAGCCAAACGACCACAAUCCACCCUGGUUUCGAGAGGAGAAUUCCCUGUUGGUCGCCUUGAUUUGGCUAUCAAUCAGUACAUGGCUGAACUCGAGCCUACACGUGCAGAGACCAGGAAGCUGUAUGAAAACAUCAAACGACAGCUCAGACAUUAUUGGUAG